GCCUAGCAGAGCCCGGGUGGAGGGCACACUGCAGAACUCGGACCCGGUGCCAUCUCAGCCUGCAGCCAGCCCCUCUCCGGGGCAGCCCAGGAGCCCUGGCUGUGGCCGGGGGGCAGUGGGCCAUGCCUGGGGCAGUGGACAACCCCAGUUGGAAGCAGGCGGACAACAUUCGGGACAUUUAUGACUUCCGUGAUGUUCUGGGAACCGGAGCCUUCUCAGAGGUAAUCCUGGCUGAAGACAAGAGAACUCAGAAGCUGGUGGCCAUCAAAUGCAUCUCCAAGAAGGCCCUGGAGGGCAAGGAGGGCAGCAUGGAGAAUGAGAUCGCCGUUCUGCACAAGAUCAAGCAUCCCAAUAUUGUGGCCCUGGAUGACAUCUAUGAGAGUGCAGGUCAUCUCUACCUCAUCAUGCAGCUCGUGUCCGGUGGGGAGCUUUUCGACCGCAUCGUGGAAAAAGGCUUCUACACAGAGCGGGAUGCCAGUCGCCUCAUCUUCCAGGUGCUGGACGCCGUCAAGUACCUACAUGACCUGGGCAUCGUCCACCGGGACCUGAAGCCCGAGAAUCUCCUGUACUAUAGCUUGGAUGAAGACUCCAAGAUCAUGAUUUCCGACUUUGGCCUCUCCAAGAUGGGGGAUGCCAGCACCGUGCUCUCCACAGCCUGUGGAACCCCCGGCUACGUAGCCCCUGAGGUCCUGGCCCAGAAGCCAUAUAGCAAGGCUGUGGAUUGCUGGUCCAUCGGGGUCAUCGCUUAUAUCCUGCUCUGUGGCUACCCGCCAUUUUAUGACGAGAAUGACGCCAAACUCUUUGAGCAGAUCCUGAAGGCCGAGUAUGAGUUCGACUCUCCUUACUGGGAUGAUAUCUCCGACUCGGCCAAAGAUUUCAUCCGGCACUUGAUGGAGAAAGACCCCGAGAAGAGACUGACCUGUGAGCAGGCCUUGCAGCACCCAUGGAUUGCAGGAGACACGGCACUAGACAAGAACAUUCACCAGUCGGUGAGUGAGCAGAUCAAGAAGAACUUUGCCAAGAGCAAGUGGAAGCAAGCCUUCAAUGCCACAGCUGUGGUGCGCCACAUGCGGAGGCUACAGCUGGGAACCAGCCAGGAAGGACCAGGCCAGACAGCCAGCCACGGGGAGUUACUGCAGCCAACUGGUGGGCCAGUGGCAGGCUGCUGCUGUCGAGAUUGCUGCGUGGGGCCUGGCCCAGAGCGCUCCCCGACAUUGCCCCCCCAGCUCUAGGGACUGGGGCUCCUCCUCUUCUGUGAGAGGCUGCCUGCUGCUCCCCUUCCCAGCCCUCAACUGGGGAGUGAGUCUGGUCCCCACUUUCCUGCCACUCCCCCCACUGCCUUUUCCAUACAAAUAUUUCUAUUUUAUUGUUCCUUCUUGUAAUAAAGGGAAGAGGCGAGAACCGGAAGGCGCUCCGUCUCCCCAGUCACCCC